CGGGAGGUGAUGUAUAGGUACACAAAAAGAAUGUUAUCACCAGGUAAUAUACCGGCCAUUCGUAACCGAAUCGCGCCUGAUAGUACGCAUAUUAACAGCGUAUUCGCGAGGUCCGAUAAAAAUUGCUCACGACGAGGUAGCUCACAAACCGAUCGAAGUACGAAUUCAGUGUCAGUCAUUGUAGGUUCGUGAAUGUAAUUGGACAUCCGCAUCCGACGCAUCCGAGUGUGACGAUUAUACUAGUGACGUAGGCAAUCAAACUGUACUGGCCAAUUCUGUAAAGCUCUAAUCAGUGUCUUGGUGAAGUUUUGGAUAAUGUUCACCAAUUGAAAAACAUUGUAACAACAGUGAUUUAAAGCUAAAUGUAACAACGCUUGUAUUGCGCUAGUCACAACCUGUAGAAAUCCAAUCGAUAAACCUCAAUGAAAGGUCCCCGAACACAAGGAGAUUCUAUUGAAUUGUUACAACUGUCCGAUAACGUCGCCGAUGAAUGAUGGAUUAAUUGAAGGAGUAUUUUAUUGAUAGCAAUUACUCCCCAUGUAUGACUGGAUCGUCGUACAUAUCGUCAAUACUAUGUGCAAACUAACGACAAAUGACUAAGUUUCCGUGUAUGUAAACAUUGAAUAAGCCACGAUAAUCAAUAAAUUUAAUGCCUGCAAAUAGUGAUGAGAAAUAGUAAUGCUGAAGGUAAUUGUGCUUUUCGCUUUAUUGUUCGGUAGUGGAUGGACGUCAUCGCAACAAGGAGUUGUUAACGUCCACGACACCGUUCAUUUGAGUAAGAGUUCCUUAUCGAACGAAUUGUUACCUCAAUCGAAGAAGUACGAGCCGCAGUCGACUGUUUUAAGCAGAUGUCGAUCUACAACAUUGAAUAUUACCGUUUCAAAAUCGAUAGUGAAUGUCGGCGAAUGGCGAGCAGAAAAAGAUGUCAAUGUGAGCUACGAGAUGGUCAUAUCUUACAUAAGCCCCAACAUAAGUCCGACCAAACAGCUGAUAAAACAGUUUAAGGACGUUGCACUCCCGGUGCAGCAUAGAUGUACCAUUUUCAUGCUAAAUGUUAGUCGAACAGACAGUGGAACGUCCGAUUGUGUGUAUGGACUAUGGAAACCGAAUUUGGAAAUAGUCCAACUGCAGAUUCUGGAAACUGGAAGUGAACGUAAGUCGUACGUCCUAACAUGGAUAGUGGAAAUGGAGGAUUGUGUCGAUUAUUAUGAAGUAUUGAAACUGAACGACAAAUCCCUACGAACGAACAUUCCUUUCAUUACGCUACAAGAUUUGAAACCGUAUGAGCGACAUCGAAUUCAAAUCAGUGUGAAAUAUCAGAACGGAGAUCUAAUACAAAGAUAUGUGGAGAUAUUUGUACAUCAUGUACCAGAUUCACUAAAAUCAUCGCUUGACUCAUCGCGGUGCUCCUUCGACUUCACAAUACAACAACGAAAACGGGGGACUUUGAGUAAUUCAGCGAAAUUCAAUGUUUCACGUAUUGCCCAACCUAUAACGAAUGCAACAGUUUGCGCUAGAUUUUCUAGUCCUAGUUUUUCGGCUAAGAGCCUAUCAACAAUUCGACCAGUCUUCGUAGGUUCAUCUGUCCCAAAAAAACCGUCAGCCAUACCGCCCAGUUGUCCUGUUCGAUCGAUAUCCAGUAAUGGCGAUGUAACCAUCAGACCACAAACGAUCGGACCAGUUCGGGAUCUUCGUGCAAUCACUGAUAUUGACAGAAGCAUCUUGCUAACAUGGCGACCUCCAAAGGAUAGUUUCCAGUGCGUCAAGGAGUAUCUCAUCACAUGGUCAUCGGAAAGCCAAAUCAUUGAUGCAUCGAACACGACGUACAAUGUGACGAAUCUGGAGUCGUGUGCAACGUACGAGUUCACGGUAAAUGCUAUCGAUCAUGCAAACGAUAAAGGAGAACCAGCAAGUGUUACCGCAACGGUGCGUGAACUCCAGCAGCUGUCCGAGGUGACUGAGCUGGAAUUGAAUGAAGUAGAACCAAGAUCACUUUCCGUUAAAUGGAAACCUCCCAUCAAUGGAAGUUUUUGUGUGGAGGCUUACCGUGUGGUAGCUUGGUACAACACCCCCGAAACAGGCAUAGAUGUGGAAGUAUUCUCCAACACCACCAACGAUCAGCAUGUCACCUUUGGAGAGGUAAUCGCUUGCAUGGUUUACACGGUGCAAGUCAUACCGAUCUCCAUCAGCAAGAAGGACGGUCUCAACGAGAUAGGAUCGGUGAAGACGAAGGAACGUACCAUCUUGUCCUAUCACGUGGAACCAAUCCGUGGAAUUGCGAUAAAUUCAAGGAGUCUGGAGCUUUCGACGAUGCUGCUCAGUGAAAACAAUAACAACUGUCUAUUGAUCAGUGUGCAGUACAAUUGUACCCUGAUGGAGGAGAACGAACCAGUUCCCGAAUCACAGAUUGUUAAAGAAUUCGUCAUUCCAAACUCCAACACAAGUUUUGAAGGUAUAGUGGAGCCUUUGAAUCCAUUCUCGGUGUAUAUGUGCAAUGCUCGGAUUCAGAACAUAGCGGGAUGGAGCGAUCCAACACCCUCAUUCGAGUUCAAAACCGCAGAAGAUGUGCCCGAUAGUCCAAGUGUGCUGGAACUAGUUGGACAGAAUCGUUCCAUAGAAAUCAUAUGGAAAGCCCCUACUGUGAAGAAUGGAGUAGUCGUACGUUAUCGCAUACAUGUCCGCAUGAUCGCGCCAGAGUAUCCACUUCCGAAGCUCUGUACACCGUUGGAAGAGUUCAACGAAACAGUAGACCUGCGGGACGAAGUGAAUCCCGAUGAGGCGCGCAGCUGGGAUGGAGUCGAAUUUCAACACGUAGUAGCGAAGUUGAAUCCCUACACGCUAUACACGGUACAGGUGGCGGCGGCAACGGGAGCCGGAUUAGGGCCAUAUACGGAACCAAAGGAAGUAAUCACCCUGCCUGACGUUUCGAACACAACCGAGAGCUUCCGAGUCGAUAAAAUUGAAGGUCCGGAGCUGGAUCAGCCGUACAAAUCGUCGGUGUGGUUUUCCUGGAGUCUUCCGUGUGGUUUGCACGGAAGGCUUACCCGAUUCGUAGGCCGGAUGGAAGGCAUUCGCGAUCAGGAUCCAUCGAUACCGCAUGCUAUAGCCUGGGACGUUAACAUUGAGGAGAGUGAAGUAAUAAAUGAUGCGUACAGCUACGUUGAAAAUCGUCUCAAGCCCGAAUACAACUACACCGUAUCGUUGAGUGUGGAAGUAGCCAACGUGAGCGAACUUAGCCCUAACGUGAAGCUGCAGUUCGAAUCUCCAGCAGGAAUUCCCACGAUUGAUCACACGGAAGAAUGGUUCAAUGUGGACGUUUUUGAAGCGCCCAACCCCACCAAUACGGCCCGAAUAGUGCUGGGCAACAUGACGUUAACGUCAGACUUUGGCAGCAUACGCUAUAUGGCACUGCUGAUAUCGGAGCGACUUUGCCAGCAGGAUCCAGAACCCCGCACCGACUUCAUCGACAACUCGGAAGAUAAUGAAUGGCCCGAAGUUCUGGAUUGGUACCGCGCUAACAAUAUGCGCUGCGUGGAACAGUACCAGACAACACCCAAGUUUUGGAAUCCAAUCAAUCGUUUGAUUCGUGAGGAAAGACGUAGCGGAGGAAUUGAGUACGUCGUGGGAAAGGAUAGCUGUGAGGGACAGGAGUACUGCAAUGGACCACUGAAACCAGGAACGGAGUAUGCGCUCAUAGUGCGAAUAUUCUCCCGCAGCGGGUACACCGAUUCAGAAAUGCAGGUGUUCCGUACGGAUUCCCUCAUUAAGGUCGGUCUUAUCGUGAGCGCUGUGAUCGGUUGUCUGUUGUUAGCGUUCAUCGGUGGACUGGUGAUUGUAUGGCGUAAGCAACGGUUGCUGCUACCGGCACAGCAAACGGGACGCGCACCGACGGAAGAACCGUCCGACAUUCCGCUGAAGAAUUUCCCUGCUCAGUUCGAUGAGUUGUUUCAAUCGAACCGGGAAAAGGUUUCGAAAGAGUUCCAAGCGAUCAACUACUUCUCCGAUUUUGCUCUCCAGGAGACGGUUACAUUUCAGAGUGCGCGUGAGAAUGAGCGUAAGAAUCGUUACAUCAACAUCCUACCGUUUGAUUCGAAUCGCGUGCUGCUGGACUGCAACGACGAUGAUGAGAAUAUCGAACAUGGUGCUAACGACUACAUCAAUGCAUCGUUCAUCGAAGGAUACAAAUAUCAGCGAGAAUACAUUGCAACACAGGGUCCGAAGCAGGAGACGUGCUACGAUUUCUGGCGUAUGGUGUUGCAGUACGAGAUCGAAUCGAUCGUCAUGCUUACGCAACCGAUCGAUCAUGAUAAGAACAAAUGUUGUCAAUACUUUCCACGAUUCGAUGAGUACAUCGAUUUUGGUGACAUACGGGUAAAGUGCACACAGGAACUGAACCUAUCCUUGUACUACAAACGUCUGUUUCUAAUUUCGAAGGAAAAUGUCACAAAAGCAGUAUUUCAUUACCACUUUCUUGAAUGGCCGGAUCAUAACUGUCCCGCCAGUACGGCGGAUCUGAUCAAGUUCUCCAAAAUUGUCCGCGCCGAACGAAAAAGCAACGCCAUUCCGCUCGUGAUACAUUGCAGUGCGGGGGUCGGCCGUACCGGUACCUUCAUUGCGCUGGACAUCAUUCUGCAGCGAAUGCUGCAGGAGAAAAAAAUCAACGUGUACGAUACGGUGAAACGAUUACGGCGACAACGCGUGAAGAUGGUACAAACGCUCGAUCAGUACGCAUUCCUUUACCAAUGCUGCCUGGAAUAUGUAUCGAAGAAUAAUCGAAAAAAACCAAAGACAAGCAGCGUUGAGAUCAUACGACGUGAGGACAAGGACAAGCAGUAUCCUGAUGUGAUCCUGGACGUGGAACAGCUACAAGUCGCCGUCGGUAACGGGGGAAAGCCAAUGUUUAACAUCAAAUUCCCAAAAUCCGUCAAUGCGGGCCUGGGAAACGUGAACAGCUUUGCUCCGAGCGAGAUUGAAAGUGAUAAAUGAGUCAAACGCUUAUCCGCAUACAAGACCUGGUUCAGGGGUGAAUGUGAUGGCAGCUUUGUUUUGAUAUUGUUUUAUUAUUUUUAUUACCUAAAAUAUCGAUCUGUGUGUUAGUUGAAAAUUAAUUUAUUAUGCUCGGGAUAGAAUGAUGCAUGUAUUACAUAGAGAGUAUCAAUGUCUUUUCAGAAUGUCUAAUGAAAGAUUAAAAUGACUAACGAAAGGAAAAUUAUGUUGUUUCUAACCCCGUCACUACAUGCUUAGCUUGUUGUUGCUCAAUUUUCCAAAAUAAUUUUGCGACUCUGGCGCGACUUCAAGGUCGUUUAAUUUUAUUCAUGCAACGAGCUGGUAGCGAGAAAAUAAUCUUGAAUUAAAUGAAAUUAUUUUUGGCAAAGAAAAUUAUAGUAAGUAUUAAAUUUAUUGUUUUGUUGAAGUAGAUGAGAAAGGCAAGUUUUUAAGCCCAGUGACAAUGUUUCAAAACAACGAACCACCAAGAAAGCUCGUCGCCGUAGGAAAUUUUCAAAUUUUUAGAAUUUUUUUAAUUUUCUGUAAUUUUUCAUUCUUUUUUCUAUUUAAAGCAUCAUUUGAGUAAAAAGAAAUUCAUUGCAACCAAUUGGCAUUAAAAUAAAUCAAUUUAAAUUUUUUUGCAAAAUUUCUCAAAAAAAUGGCAAGGGGUACCCCUUAUGAAAUUUUCGAGUUGAAAUUUUUUAAAUUUUUUUUUCUCAUUUUUUUAUCUUAUU